GUUCUUCUGUUCUUCUGUUCUUCUGUUCUUCUGUUCUUCUGUUCGCCGACACGUUUGUUUAAGUCUUGAACAACAGACGAUAUAAUGGUUAACAUGGGUAUCUUGCAACUGACCAUCGUGACGUCACUGGUCCUGGGUGCUCUCUGCCAGGUACCAUGUACACAGUCUGGUGCCUGUACAUGUUCACGUAGUGACGGGUGGGUCAUUGACCUCACGCCUUUAAAAGACCAGCGAUUUGAAGUACCUGAUGCAGAAGGUGCCUAUAAAUACGACAUUGAGUUUUGUCAAACGUUCAGCCUCAACAACUCAGCGUGUCAAGGUGUUUACGGAUGCCAGUUCAACUCUCUGAUAAGUCAAUAUUUUUCUAUUGGAAAAACGGCUACCUUCAAUCACACGGAGAAAAUGGUCCUGAAAGACGGAGACAGAACAACACUUAUUGCAAUACAAUGUUUAGCGGCUGGUAAUGACUCAUUGAAAUUCAUAUCCGAGAAUCCACCAAACACGUAUAACUUUCAGCUCGACAGUACUCACGCUUGUCCCGUGCUAGGACCUACCACACCAACUACCACACAAUCUACCACAUCCAACACCACACAAACAUCCACCAGCACCUCCACCGCAAACACCACAUCGACGACCGCUACAACAACGACGACGCCAUCCAACACCACACACACCACCAGCAACACCACCGCUUCCACUGUCACAACCAAGACCACUCCAUCAUCCAACUCAACAUCCACCACCAGCCAAUCUACUUCCACGUCAACAAAAACCACUUCAGCGACCACAACAUCCACAGCAAAAACCACGCCGACGGCAGCAAGCAAAACGACCAAGAAAGGAAAAGCUAACUCUCUCAGCUCUGCCACCGUCGGUGUCCUGAUGUUGGUCGCAUGCAUCACGAGAAGUUUGUUUUAAAGCCGGAAUCAACAUGACCUUGACCCUAGUGAAAUUUAGAACAAACGGUCAACAGAAACGUCGUAGUACAUUAGCUAUGGCAUUGACGACUACCCGUCAGACCUAACGUCAACAUCAGCCUCUCAUUCAUGUUUAUAAAAUUCAUAUCUUUAGUCUACACAUCAGGCUCGCGGUGAAUGACGCCCAAGAUGGCCGACACCCAUAUACUGUUUAAAUAUCAAUACAUUCAUGUACACAAUACGCUUUUGUUAUUUCAUCAUGCCUUUUGAGUAUCUGUUUAUGUAGGCUGUAAACAUUAUUAUAAUGAAUAAAGUUUCAAUUAAUUUUU